AUGCGGCUGAGAAGGGUGCAGAAGAAAACCCAGAUAUUGUUAAACCUGGUAGCUGGCAGGAAUUUGUUAUCACAUCAGGAGAAAUCUGUUGGUGAUCCUGUGGACUUUUGGUACAUCUUCAAUCUUUGCGCAACUUCCAUGGAAGUAUCUUUUAAUGUUACUUGGUCCAGCAACUGCAGUGAUGCUAAUAGUAAUACUUUGUUUAUCGUAGCAGGUGUAACCUCUUUUAUCGUUAAUACCUCAGUGCUACCUGUUCUAUUGUUGCCUAUCAUAUUUUGGACUUUGGCGUCAAUUUUCGCUAUAAUAGCCACUGUACAAUUCUGCCAAUACGUAAUAAAAUGCUCAAUGACGCUUCUAAUGUUCAUACUAUGGUUCGAAACGAUACUGACAUGUAAUACAUUGGCCUUAGCACUCAUAAAGCUUUUAGAAAAAACUGGAAUAAACCCAACUAACUCUUCCCCAUCUGCUAAUUUAAAUUUUUAA